CUGUCAGUCGGGUUUUCGCGCCGCGGUGCGGAGAGGGGUGGGGCGCGUGGCGUCAUGCGGGUGAGGCACAGGACUCGAGAGGGGCCAAACUUGGCGGGACCGGCGGCGCCUCGCGGCGCGCUGAGGUGGCUCUCUGGUAGCACGUGCCUAGCCCGUCGCCGACACCCUCCGCGCGCGGCCGCUCCAACGGCCAGUGCCACUGCCCCGCCCUGGGGCUGUUCCUCGGCCCGCCACCACUGCGGGGCCGGCUCCCCGCCGCGCUUCCCGCUCCGCCCCGCGGGGCACGGCGCCCGGAUGUGGGGCCUUUCCGGGGGCAAGGCCCGCCCGCCGCCGCCGCCCCGCCCCGCCGGUUGCCUCGCCGCCACGGCUGCCCAUGGAGGCCGAGGCGGAGGCCGAAGCGCGGCUCCUCUUGCAGGAGGCUCGGGAGAGCAUCGAGGCGGCGCGGAGCUACCGGCGGGAGCUGGAGCAGCGGCUGCGGGGGCUGCACCAGGCGCGAAAGCAGAUCAGAGAAAGUGCAACAUUGACCAGAGAUGUACUUGAGCAACAUUUUAAUGAUUUGAAAGGGACCCUGAAGAAGCUGUUGGAUGAGCGACUGAUAUCACUGCUACAGGAAGUGGAUGUUAUAGAACAAGAAAGCAUCAAACCCUUGGAUGAAUGCCAGAAGCUAAUAGAGCACGGAGUCAGUACUGCUGAAGAUCUGCUCCGGGAAGGAGAGAGUGCAGUCCAUGGAGAUGUGGGACAACAGAAUGAGAAACUUUGCAGCUUUACAAAAAAAGCUUUACAUAUUCAGCUAGAUAGCUUACCAGAAGUGCCCUCCUUGGUUGACGUGCCUUGUUUAUCUGCCCAGUUGGAUGACUGCCUUCUUACUAUAUUGAAAAAUCAAAUAUUCAGACAUGGAACUGUGGCAUCGCGCCCACCUGUACAGCUAGAGGAAUUUGUUGAGAAGCCUGGGGGUAUUUUAGUCCGAUGGUGUAAGGUGGAUGAUGACUUCAUACCACAAGAUUACAGGCUGCAAUAUCGUAAGAGUACUGCCAGUCAGUUUGAAGAUGUGUAUGUUGGCUCGGAGACAGAGUUCAUAGUGCUGCAUAUUGAUCCUAAUGUUGAUUACCAGUUCAGAGUCUGUGCCCGAGGAGAUGGACGGCAAGAGUGGAGUCCGUGGAGUGUUCCUCAGAUCGGCUGUACCACGCUAGUUCCCCACGAAUGGACAACUGGUUUGGAGGGUUACAGCUUGAGCAGUCGAAGAAACAUAGCACUUCGAAAUGAUUCUCAGUCAUGCGGUGUGCUCUACUCGAAAGCUCCUACGUAUUUCUGUGGGCAAACAUUAACAUUCAGAAUUGAAACCGUGGGACAGCCAGACAGACGAGACAGCCUAGGAGUGUGUGUGGAGCAGCAGAACGGCUACGACUCUUUGCAGCGGGAUAAAGCUGUGUGCAUUAGCACAAACGGAGCAGUAUUUGUAAAUGGAAAAGAAAUGACAAACCAGCUGCCUGCUGUUACUUCUGGAUCGACUGUGACAUUCGACAUGGAAGUUGUGCAGUUAGGGCCCUCCAGCAACGAGGGAGGAAACUUCAAGCUUAGAGUAACCAUUAGCUCUAACAACAGGGAAGUGGUCUUUGACUGGGUACUUGAUCAGUGCUGUGUCUCUCUGUAUUUUGGAUGUUCAUUUUCAUACCCAGGCUGGAAAGUUCUGGUGUUUUAGCAGUGAGUGAAGGGAUUUUUGUUCUUGCUAUAAAGUGUAAUGUUAAAACCUGGGUUUCCAGCUGUUUGACAUCAAUCUGUUCACAAAAACCUUUCUUUGUACUACUUGAAGUCCACUAUAUUGUACUUCCUACUGGAUUCAUUUCAAAAAGUAAUUGUGAAACAUCAGAUUUGAUACUCUGGAAAAAGUUAGAAACAGGCAUUUACGUAGGCAAAUUAAUUUAAGCAGUCUAGAAGAUCCUUCCCUUUUUUCCUCCAGACUUGAUUUUUGUCAGUAUUUCAUUGUACUCUAGUCUCAGGGUACGUGUGUUGUGUGGAAUUAACUUUGCUUAAUGCUGCUGUUCUGUGAAAUAAGCCUGUAAACAGUUAGGGGGGAUGGAGGGAUGGUAAUGGACCAAAGUUUUAUUUAUACCACUCAUAAAAGAGCAAAGUAUUUAGAGUGGUGAUGUCCUGCUACGCUUCCUUGUACACAAUGCUGCCUUAAUAGUAUGGAUGGAUAGUGGGUUCUGCAUGCAACAGCCAUUUCUUCCAUGCACGGUACUGUUCAUUCCUCCAGAGCAAGGAUGUCUGAGCCAUACUUCUGUUUAAAUAUGUAGCCAGUCUGUUAAUGUCUCACUCAUAUAAGUGCCUUAUUUCCUCAACUGUUUUCUGUUGUGUCACUUGGAAUAUAUUUUCUAGAGUAGUUGCAUGGUGAUGCUUACAUCAGCUUAAUGCGGAUGCUUGUCUCAAACUAGACAAUACCUAGAGUAGGACAGUUAUCCUUACCUGCUCUGAAUGUCUUUACUAGUUAUUUACCUUGUAGCCUAUGUCAGAGCAAGUUGUAGUGAUUUAGUACUUAGGCAUGACAUGCAGAUGGCAGCUGUGAUUGCUCACAGAGCUCUUCUAAGACUUAGAGCCAACCUUCUAUCUGUUGUCCAACAGAGAGGGGCAGCGCUGUUGGGAUGGGCAGGAUUCCUGGGACACCUUGCAUUCCCCUGUGAGAGUGCGGGUUUGUGGUCCAAGCACCGGGGUCGGACUAGGCUGCCCAAGGAAGCUGGGGCUGCUGCUGGAGAUCCACCCUGGGAGAGGAUGGAUUUACCCACAGCAGUCAGAAUGGAGCAGAGGGUGGUAAUUUAGCACUGUCCUCUAUCUAGUAGGAUGGGAUAAGAAAUUAUUAUGAAUUAAUUGAAGUUGAAUUCAGAAGUUAUGUAGUUACCACUAUUUCCCCUAAGGAGCCACUAAGAUUUAGAAGGAGCCCAAUCUUUGUCAAAAGAUUGCAGUACUACUGCAUUUAAAGAAUAUUUUAAAGUAAUGCUCAAUGGGGGCCUUAAGAGGGACCUUCUUACCUCAAGUUCAAUUAAAAUUAAAUAUAUUUUAGCAUGUUAGAAUACCAGUAUUUUUCUAAAACCUAGACAAUCAUUCUGCCCUUUUUCCUGGAGUGUCAACAUACUAUGUUAGCCCUCUAUGCUGGCAUAAAAAGCUUAGUUUACAUUGGAUUAAUAUCCCCCAUACUGAUGUUGUCAGUACAAAAAGAUUAGUCAUCUUGCUUGCAUUUUUCUCCCCAAGCAUCUGUAGUAGGGAUACAUGAGUUUCAGAAGAGGGACUGGUGGUUGAUGUUAACAUUUACAAGAAAAAAAAUAAAUUGUGAGUAGAUUCAGAUGGAUGCAAAGAACUUGCACGUGGUAGAGUUAGGUUGGAAUUUACUGUAAGACAUGAAGUGAGGAAGACUGGACACCUGCAGGUAAAAUAAUCCAGUGUUAGCAUCAAAAAGCCUGCAGGACUCUCAGUUUUUCAAUCUUAACUAUUUUACUGUUAGGGAAUAAGAAAAUACUGGCUUAUCCUGUACUUUCAGUGUUCCUUUGAAUUACCCUGUGAAGAGUAUUUUUCAAUACUUUUAAAAUAUGGUUCUUUUCCUGUAGCCAAGAAGGUUCAGCAGAUGAUCAAACAGUACCAGUCCUGUUUAGAGAGGGUCAGGCUGGCAUUCCAGCUAGCAGCAGACUUACAUCUUGCUCCACUUAGUAGUGCUGGUAAUUUUACUUACACACUUCAGGUGUCAGGUACUAGUUGUAACUUAGUACUUUUUUACCAUAUGGAAACUGAAAUUGUGAGAUUCUGAGGUACCGCUGGGUCAGGUACCUAUUCAUCUGCUUUUGGAGGGGGUAGUCAGCAGUCGUGUUGAUUCUGCAGGAUACUUACUUGCAUAUUAGAAAAUAAAGCUUAAGCCUUGAAUUCAGGUACUUCCAGAGAUUAUAAAGCCUUGUCAGCUUGUUCAGAACACAAAGCAGCUGAAGAUGACUGUGAAGGGCCACAGGAGGCCCCUAUACUGUUCCCCUUGAGCUGAGAAUAGCAAGAGAAGAAAUUGUUUUUCUGACUUCAGUCUUUAGCUGUAUGUUGAACAAGGGCAGCUUGCCAGUGUUGGGGUUUGGGGUUUUUUGUGUUUUUUUUUUUUUUUUAAACUUAGCAUAAGCCUCGCUGUCGAAAUGGCAAAUUAGGUACUGUUCCGCCACCUCUUCGAGCUGCACCUUUUAAACCCAGGAGAGGGGAAGAGCCUCAGGGCAAGAGACCUGAGUAGUAAAGUAACAAAGCAUGCAAAGAAUCAGAAGAGGCUUGAAUUAAAAAGGUCGAAAUUCUGUUCUUCUGCAGUGGAGUUCAGCGAUAGAAAGCUUGACACUUCUUUACAAUUUUUCACCUCUAGCCACAGGAGCCUUGCGAACAGCAGUGUUAACUGCUUAUGAAACCCAAUCCUGAACGUUUUCUUAAGCUAGUGCAUUCACUUACCUCAACUAAGACUUACAUGUCAAGUGAAAUUUGAAUUUUUUUUUUAAAUAAAGUUUUAUCCCUCAACUGUGUACGGUCUAGUAAAUGAUUUAUUGGGGCAUAAAGCUGAGCAUCACUGCAUUCUUUUAACAAGAACAUAAAAACGUGUUCUAUUGCACUACAGCCAGCUUUAAGUGCUUCUCCCUUUUAUUUUCAUCGUCUGUCCCUCAGAAGUCCCAGGGGGUUUUUCCCAUUUUCUCACUUGUGCACUUACUUUCAUUUCCAGCUGAAGUUCAGAUCUUAACUGACAUCUCUUGCAGAAAUAAUUUUCCUUCUUUUUAAAAUAUUGGUUACAGCAUCUGUAAGCUACUUUCCUCAAUAUUCUGUCACAGCUAAUUUCUCUUUUACUGUUCCUGUCUCCUUGCAGUUGCACUAUAUGGUGCAACUCUUACACAGAGUAGUUUUUGGGCACCAUUACUGAGCAAGCAGCAGAGGUCUUUAAUCCUCUUCAAAUAAAGUCCAUGUUGAACUAACAGCUUUACUUGAUUCCCUUAGUUCUGCUUUACCUGCAGCCUGUUCUAUUUCCUUGGUCUCUUUUAAAGGAUAAAAUUUUAAAGGAAAAACACCUCUGUGGAACAAGCAAGGUUGCUGACAGGUUAGCACUCGUAUGAAGAACCUUCUUCAUAGCAAGAUGCUGAGUAGAUCUCUUACGGAGUGCAUCUUCAGUCUCACAUCGAGCAACGUAAGAGCAGAUGACAUGUCAUGGAAGGCAGACUUACCUCCUUCAUUCAAAGCUUUUUUUUCCUCGGCUGUGAAACAAUGUAGUAUCAGAUUUAUAACCAGAUCUGGUCCAACAGGAACCUUCAUGCAAGCACUGGGGGACAAUGGCACCAAACUGUUCUGUGAAUUCAGAAAUACUUAACUUGGAACAAGAUUGUCAAAAUUGCCCUCACAGAACAGCCCCUACAUUCUCAAAGGUAAAAUCAAAUUGCUGGUUUGGGGGUUUUGUUUGGGUCAUUAGUGAAGCAAUCCAAACAGGUAAAAUUAUUUGCAACUGCUUCAUUCCAGGCAAUGAAUCUUCACCCCACCCCCAAAAAAUUCAAGGACUACAUUCAAGACACACUCAAAGCAGCAAACAACGUUAACAACUUCAAUUCAAACAAUGUUGAAUAUAGUAUUUAAUGCACCGAAAUAUUCAAGUCAUAUGUUAGGUUCCAACUUGGGGUUCACAGACCUGUUAAGAUGAUCGCCAAAUACAAAACAUCAUAAAAAAUCUGCCAUGAACACAUGAAAGGCCAGAUUAGAACCUUGCCAGGUUUGGAGACAGAAGCAUAGCAGACAACUGCAGCCUGAAGUCAGGUUUACAGAAUCUAGCUGUCAUAUCCUGUAUUUCAGUAUCUGAAUUAUUUGUAACACGGAAAAAGGUUUUCAGUGCCUGCUAUCCACAGCCACUGUUCGGCCAAGCAGUGCAAUCCCAUACUCGUUUUGUUCUGCAGUACCUGGGCUAUCCAUCCCCUACGCUCCCAGAGCAGCGCUAUUUUGAACUGAUACCGAUGUCAACUUUGCUCCAAAUAAACCAGGUAUCUUGUAAAAUCUGUUUGAAACAUUAACCACUUGCAUGUAAAAAAUGCACAAGUCUUAUUUUUAUAACUGACACAUCACAAGUGAUAUGUUUCCUUUUCAGUUAUAUAAAUUAUAGUUCUAACAGUAAUACCCAGCUUAUAGAUAUAUCUCAAGUAUUCAGUUCUACCCCCUAGGAAGGGGUAAAAAUCUUAUUUAGCUAAAAACCUGGUAGUUUAUGGAGACACCUUAUAUUUAAGGAGAAGGCUGGACAGAAACUCGGCUAUCUUUGUAACAGCCUGGCAAAGGAAGAGCGUAUAUUCAAAUUCUACAGGACAUGCAGAAGAGAAAUUUUAUACAAGGUACCGCUUGCAGCCUUUCUGCAUGCACACAAAAUGACUGGACAACCAUCGUGGCAGAUUUUGUAUUACUGAACUUUAUGUACAAAAGCCGAUUUCAAAUAAAACAUUUUAAUGUAAAAACAAUGGUUCAUUUUAAACAACUGAACUUA